CCGCCAGAAUGUUUUUUUCUCAAGGAAGAAGCCAAGGUCAUCACCUUGCACCCGUCUUACUUUGGUCCCAAUAUGCGAGAGUACCUCAUCGCUCGGCUGAACGAGGAAGAAGAAGGCACCUGCACUGGAGACCAUUUUGUGAUCUGUGUGAUGGACAUGGUGGAUAUUGGCGAGGGCCGAGUGAUUCCUUCGAGUGGACAUGCCGAGUACACGAUCAAGUACCGUGCAAUCAUUUGGAAGCCAUUCCGAGGGGAGACGGUCGAUGCAAUUGUCACUUCUGUGAAGCCGACUGGUAUCUUCACUCUUGCCGGUCCAUUAUCCGUAUUCAUUGCCCGAAAGAACAUACCUUCUGACAUCAAAUGGGAGCCCAAUACCGUGCCCCCACAGUACACCGACCAUGCCGACCAAGUAAUCGAGAAAGGUACGAGUUUGCGCCUUAAAAUUCUCGGUGUGAAGCCAGAUGUCGCGGCGAUCAAUGCUAUCGGCACAAUCAAAGAGGAUUUUCUUGGGUAA